UUUUUUUUUUUUUUUUUUUGCUAUUGUUAUGUAGAAAAAUAGAGCCACUGGACUUUGAUACUUGAUCUGGAGCGUAACAUACGGUAUGAAACAAGUGGCGAGACCGGAUCUGGAGUGGUAAUUUUGAUCGUUUCUUUUUCUGCCCUGCGUCUUAUCUGAUGGUUUUUCCAAACAACAACUGGACAACUAAAUACAAGUACAUUCAUUCUUCCACAAGUGUUCAAUCAAUCUUCUAUGCACUUUAUUGCAGUGUAUUCUGUAUUACAUCGCAACCGCAUCAUUACCUAGUGCAGCGGAACCGCUCUCCCGGGUGCCGGCUUUAUCUUUUUUUUCCUCGCCUCGGGCCACUUCCUUUCCUCCUCAUCCCACAAUCCGUUUCCAUUUUAACAUCUCCUUCUCCUUCUCCUUCUCCUUCUCCUGAAUGCUUGGCUUUGAUUCUCGCAUUUAAUCGACGACCGUUACCGAGUUGUUGCUCAUUGUUGCUUUUGUUCUCUUUGUGCCACUGCGUCCAUCAUUACGCCUAGGUGCCUACUUGCUCUUCGCUCACUACGACUUCGGGUCUUUUCUCAGUCUCUUCAUAUCUAACUGUCUUUCCAGUCACAAUGGGUAAUUGAUUCUCAACAGCUCUCAAACAAGAGAGAGAGAGAGAGAGAGAGAGAGGUGCUAAC